AAUUACCAACUCAAAACAUCAUGUUGGUACAUUCCACAACGUGACGUCUUCGUGAAGUCCUUCCGCUAAUGUGCACGUUGGACUGGAGGUGUUCUUGAGGAAUGUGACUGACCUGAAAGGAACUAUUUGAAGCCGUCACCAGUCAGUAAUUCAGAGAGAUCAUGGCUUCUGCUUGUGGACAACUGUGCAUGAGAUGCUCUCUUUCUUCAAAGACUGCCAUUUGGCAAUGCUACUAUCACGUUCGUCACUUUAUUCCAAGAACAAGACAAAUGUCAAAAAGCUUUGAUGGAUUAUUCAUCACAAAGAGUCUUGCAUCAACUCAGACGAGGCUGAGUUGGAAACUGCAAAUGCGUUGCUAUAGUGAUUUGGCAGAGAAACAUCUGUCUGCUGAUGCUAAGGACAGCGAGCAUAUAAGAGAGUUGACAAAAACCGACACUGCCAAAAUCACAAACACACUGAUGCCAUCUACAGGUGUUCAGUCAAUGACAGAACAUCCAAUGUUCCUCGACUUGGAUGAUGCUGGUGAAUCUUCAGCGCUAGAAGAGAUCUGUGAUGAAGAAGCGAUUAGUAUUUCUAUCCCCACCUCCUUGCCUCCAGUCUCAACAUCUCUAAGAGACUACGUUGAGAAAUCAGAGACACUCACCAAGCUGGUACAAUUAGGUGUGAAUCUGUGGAAGUUGGAACAAAGGCCUAAUGUUGGCUCCAUGUUGCUGAGACUUGACUUCAAGACAGAUGUGGUUCCUCGGUUGAUGUUUCUCAAAGAGAUGGGGGUAGAAGACUCCCGCAUUGGCUACAUCAUCUCUCACAACCCCUUCAUUCUCUCCGAGAGCAUAGAAAACCUACGGGACAGGGUGAGCUAUCUCAAAUCGAGGAAGUUUAGUUCAGAGACAGUUGCAUCCAUGGUGUCCAGGGCUCCCUACCUGCUUAAUUUCAAUGUGAAGAGGCUGGACAACAGAUUGGGUUUUUAUCAGCAGCAGCUUCAGCUUAGUGCUUCCAACACACGAAACAUUGUAGCUCGUCUUCCUAGAUUGCUUUGUGUCAGCUUGGAGCCUAUUAAAGAAAAUUUGAAGGUUUGUGAAAUAGAGCUAGGUUUCAAGAAGAACGAAAUCCAACACAUAGUUCUUGCCGUUCCCAAAGUUUUGACAGCAAAUAAAAGAAAACUUACCCAGAUCUUUGACUACAUCCACAACACCAUGAAGGUGCCUCACUAUCUCAUCACAAAGUUCCCACAGAUCCUCAAUACAAAGUACUUGCGUGUCAGAGAGCGUCACCUGUUUCUUGAGUACCUCCAAAAAGCCCAGUACGACCCCAGCCUGCCCAACUACAUCUCCCUGGACCGCCUGGUGUCACUGCCAGAUGAGGCUUUCUGCACCGAGUUGGCUCUGGCUACAGUUGAAGAUUUUUACUUGUUUCAAAAGACACUUUAAAUUUCACAAGAGUAGAUAAAAAAGACAUAGGGCUGUCAACACUAUGUAUAUACAUGUAUAUCAUCAAAGUUUGAAAUAAAUUGUUCCAUGUUUUUUUUUUU